UGGCAACCACUCGCCCCGAUCAGAUGGCACACUCAAACGUCCACGUAUCAGUUCCUGAACAAGCGUGUGCACGCUGAUGGAUGCGAGGCUCUAUGCGGCAGCAGAAUGGAUGCCAGGCUCCAAUAUAGCCCCGCACCCAUCAGCGUGGCCACGCAUGUUGAGGACAUGACAUGCGGACGUGUGAGUGUGCCAUCUGAUCGGGGCGAGAUGAAGGAGUUUCCGGAGCAAGAAUGCGACGGCUCCCACCCGUUGCAACCACCGUGCGGGCCGCUCUUGUUCGUCGCCGUUCGUGCCGACAGAACGCGUCUCGCAGGGUCCAUUGUCCAGUGGGUCGACGAUGGCGAAUUCAAUUUCAAGUUUACGUUGAAGAAGCAUUACAGAAGUGAUGGUUCUGUCGACGACAUCGCAAAGGGAUGCAAGGUUGCCGGGAGGAUGUUCGGCGGGUACGGCCGUCGUGCGAUGUCUUUGCCUCACUUUCUCCCGCUAGCGCUGGGGCACGGCACAGACUUCCUCGAGGUCUGGGCGAAAUCUGGUACCUCUGUCAGUGUCGUGGACGUCGGACUUGGAACAUCGAUCAGUGGUCCUGUUGGGUUCGCGGGAGGAGAGUGCUCUGAAAGGGAGAUGGGAGGUCAGGGCGGCCUGCCAGCUACGCCUCCUGAUCAAGAGGUGGGCAUGUCAGACGACUCGGAGGACGACCAUCCGCGUGCUCCUUUGAAACCGGGCUUGCAUAUAUCUAGCCGCCACGGCUUGCUUGGGGAGUCGACGCCACAUGGAGGCGGCGAUGGCGAACGGUUGCGACAGGGCUCAGAAUCGACGACUCCUCGUGGUCUGGUCGAAAGAAUCGGUUCGUUCGUUCGUGGCAUGCAGGUGGUCGAGGUUUCGCCUGGAGAUCAAGCGGGUGGUCCGCAGGUUCGGGAGGUGCAUGGGUCAGAUGAGACGACUCGCCGGGCCCGACCAGCGCCGGGGGAACUACAGACGGAGUUGAGCCAGGAACGAGAAGCAAGUGGGAACGUCGCCGGUGAGGAGGAGGUGUCCGAGCAGGGGCUGUUCGGUGAGAGAUCGGCUGAAAAGACUCAGUCGGGAGGCAAGCGCAACUUGCCAGAUGAGGAAGAGCGAGAGGGACUAGGUGCUCUGAAAAGGCAGAGAAAGGUAGGAGGGAGUGCUCGGAUGCCAACAACACGAGAGGGUGGUUCCGUUGAGAAGAGGAAAAGGGUUGGAGGUGGGGAUGAAAUGCCAAAAGACUUGUCGACACAGCGAAGAACCGGUGAGUCUUCCGGGAAAAGGGCGAAAUCAUCGAAGGGGAAGAAAGCAGACGAGGGCAACAGCGGGGAGGGGGAUGAUGACGUGGAGAUUAACCUCAACGCCUUUAACCUCGACAAUGCGUUCUUCCUCGAGAUGCAAACAGGGGUGCAGAAGGACGUCGUGUUGCACAUCCAUCCAAAAAGAAUUUUAGCUAUUCCAGACUGGGAAGAUGCGUACAACCACCGAUCCUUGGACGAGUUCCUCGUUGAUACCAUCGCGUCGGCUAUGAUCGACUGCUACGAACGUAAAGACAUGAGAUACAUGAAGCCCAUUUUUGUUCUCGCUCCGAUCGUCGCGCCUCCAGAGAACGGCGAGCCUGCUGUGCGCGUGCUGCCUGCUGACUUCGACAACUCAUACCCGGAGAAAUACUGGUAUUAUCCUGUGUGUGGACAGCAUAACGCGAGGGCGGCGAUGAUGGUGAAAGACCAUCCCGUGUUUGAUUACUACAACUUCUGUAAAUGGCCGUUUAGACCGAUCUACCUCCCUGACGACGAGUUCAACGGCUACGCCCAUUAUGUCACCCAUGAAGUGUCGUCCAAGGCUUACCCAUGUGAUUUCCACCAUGUCGUGGUCGAGCCUGUUUAUGACCCGAACAAGGACAUGUUCUUCAAGUUGACUCCGAAGAAAAGGCGCCAGGUCUACUCCUUCCUUUACGGCGAACAACCAAGGUUGAGAUUUGACCCGCAGUACGUGGUGCAGAAGGAAGUCGCCAUUGCGGUCCUCCAGGGCUACCACGGAGCGAGUCGGGCCGGCGCUGUGAGCUUCAUUAAGAGGCUGGAAUAUGUCUUUUUUAAUGAGGAUGUUGUCGAUCCGGCCGACUUCACUUUGGAUAAGUACAAGCUGGCAUUCGGUGAGGAGGACGACUUCAAUAUCGAGACUGAGCAGGAGGAGAGCGUUGAGGACGACCUCUUCGAUUUGGACGGAGAAUUGGUCAUCUUCAACGCCCAAAUUUCCGAGUCGCCAUCAGUAUGCAAACCGGGGACACCUCUCGCUACACCUACCUCGGGCGGUCCCACGCCCGUAUCCUCCUCAACGCCUGUGAAGAGGGGUGGGUUGUCCCGUCUAAGGAGUUCGCCAGGGGAGCCUAUUCGUCUCACGCCGCAGCCCGAACGUCUUCGACCUGGCCAUCCAGUUCCUCCGGACCAUCCGCAUCUCAAGGCUCCUGCGACUCCCUUCCACAUGGGCGACAAACAUACCUUCUCCACAGCCGAAGAUUGGGGCCAUGAUAUCGUGUGGCACCCGGACCAUUUCCAGCCAGUCCUACUCGACGGCGAAUGGGCAGUGGCUGUGAGGGACGUAAGUGGAGGGUGGAUAUAUGAUGAUCGUUGGGACCUCGAGACAUUCAAAUCUCGCGCCUACGAGGCGGUAUUCGAGAGAUUAAGUGAGGUCAAUCGACGAAAUAAGGACGACCCUGCUCUUCGCSAAUACRGGGACACGYUGUUCGAGUUCUUGCAGUCAAAUAAAUGGYUGGAAGUGUCCUCCGCGUUCUACGCCCUUCCGUCAAGCCCGUCAAUUAAGCAAGUGAGUUGGGAGUUGCCUGGGGUCACCCCGCCGGCAGGAGUUGUGAAGCGCAAGUCUCGCGGAAAGGACGGCGACGGGGAUGGUGAAGGCGGCGGGCAACGAGGUACCGGAGGUGGAAGUGAACAGCGUUCGAUGAAACAGCGGUCUCCGGGGCAUGCAGGCGGCGGAGAGGGGGAAAAGGGCAGCCGGGAGAAGAAAAAGCCUCGCAGCGGAGAGAAGACAAAGCAUCACAAAGGAGACGGGCAGGGGGCCGAUGUCGACCGCGACGAGGACGGUGGGGUUCUGGCGGUAACAGGCAGCACCUCAAUGGAGACGGGGAACGACUUGAGGCCUGGGUGUAUUACGCGGCCUGGCGAGCAGGACCCUGUGAUUAGCUCCACCAGCGAAACACAGUUUGUCGAUGCGGUUGGCGGGGCGGGUGUCGCAAAGCAUGAAACAUGUUUCGCUCAGCUCCAAAAACGGUUGGCGGAUUGUCUCGGAUCAAUCCGAACCUCGGAGACGACCUCAUUGUCCGGAACUCAAUGCCUUCCAGGAAGCGAGACGACAACAUACCACGGGUCCGGCAGCGACAAGCUGGAACCGUGUUCCGUUUCGCCUCAAAAGGAAUAUGGGAUUAAUCCGAACCGCGAAGGCCGUGCCAUUGAGGGAGCACGACUGUCUACAGAACUCGAACGGGUGGUCCGGGUUUCCGAAAACCCUGGCUACGGAAUUCGGAUUUAUCCGAACCAGGAAGCCGUGUCUGCCAUGACAGACGAUCAGUGUCAGGAUGCAGUAAUGCUGUGCGUGGAAGCCCACAAGGAGCUGCAGGCGGACUGUCGGACUGAGGGUGAGUUGGCAACCAGUUCCAAUGUCGAGCCCAACAGACUCGGAGCCGAGUUAGCAGUCGUAAGCGACUCCCCGGUGAAAGCGGUCAUGUCGGCGUCAUUGGAAACUGCGGGGRCUCRGAUGAAUCYGAACCAGGGCCCUGUGAACAUCUCCCUCCCUGAUGCAUCUUUGGAGACGACCGUGAUUCGGAUUCAUCCGAGGCACACGGACGAAGGACUUCAACUGGCAGGCGUUUAGGGUUGUCGACUACUGACGACUUUGGACAAGGACAAUUCCGCCGACGACC